AGCUUGUCGGAAAACAGCUGAUCCGCCGGCUGCACGGAACUUACCUUGUUACGUCGCCUCUGAAUUUUUUGAAGUAACUUCAGGUUUUAUUCAAUUAAAAUGUUGCCGAUUGCACGUGGGAUUUACAGUGGACUGGCCAACAUUACCAGGAAUAGCCGGGGAGCUCUUCACACGGCCAGCGCCUUGAGAUGCAAGGCGGAGACUUCGACUGAAGAAAAUGAUGCGGCUGCCAACGAGGGCGAAAGCGAGGAUAACGCUAGUGGUUCCGCGCCGGACCCGAAGGAUCGCAGCAAGGCAAUACCGGUGGAGACCUCGAUUCGAUACUUGAAGAGCGCCGCUUACAAGCAAACCUACGGCGAGGACUUUGUGUGGACGCAGUAUCGGCGCAACCACAAGGGCAUGUAUGCGCCGCGCAAAACACGAAAGACGUGCAUCCGCCAGAACCGCAUCAGCACCGGAAACCCCUGUCCCAUUUGCCGUGAUGAGUACCUGGUGCUGGACUACCGCAACACGGAGCUCCUGGAGCAGUUCAUAUCGCCCCACAGUGGAGACGUCCUCAGCUACUCAAAGACAGGCCUGUGUCAAAAGAGCCACCUACGUCUAAUGGUCGCCGUUCAGCAAGCCCGCGACUCCGGCUACCUUACAUACGAUGUGCCCUUCAGGGAGUAUGAUUACAACGAGUACUACGGCCAGGAGCAGAAGCAGAAAGCUUAACCAACUGAUGAUUAACUUGUUUUUAUUAAAAGAAAUUACUGUAAACAAA